AUGGCGAACAUUCCCAGAGCGUAUUCGUUGGUGAACAAUCCGAUUGCCUCGCUGCUAGCGUAUGAAAUAGCCCAAAUACCAAGUCAACCGAAGGUUCCACAGGUCGUGCUGCUCUUAAAUGACCAGAAAAAGCUGUCGAGAUUCCUGGAGAAUGAUUCUAAACUGACUAUACAGAAGGGAAAUGAUUCCGAUUAUCACCAUACCCAGUUCAUGGCGUCACAUCUUCCGCCGGUGUACUCGAGCGGGCAAGUCGCCAGCAUAGCUAAUGCCAUCUUUUCUGGCCCUCACACCAAGGGUCUGGUUCAAUCGAUACGGAAGUAUUGUGCCUGUUUCCAUGGUUUCUCCAAUAUACUCCUAGUGGACCCGCCUGCUGGUGCAAUCGAGCAUCUCUACAGAAAGGUAUGGCGGACUGUGCAUUCCAGACCCAAUCUGUUCGUUGGCGUCACAACCCAACGAGAGCGUAGAAUUGCUACCAGCGUCGAUGAGUUUCGAAUCGAUGUCAAGCAGGGGACGCUGAGUCUGAGCAUCAGUCCAGUCCCAAAGGACUUCAAGCAUUACACAUUCAACACAACGUUCGACGAUGAGCUGAAAAGGCGGCACGAUGUGGACCUGUUCAAGUUGCUAGAUGCUGCCAGUAAUAAUGAGAGCGGAGUCGUACCGCUAGAUAUUCGCUACCACUCCUACGGUGAGCUUCUCUUAAUGCGUUUGGAACGGCUUAUAGUUGAAAGCUGUACCGAGCCACUGGCGGCCAUUUAUGGAUGUAGGUAUAUUGGUGAGCUUCUUUUCUCGAGCCAGGCUGACGAUAUGAUUAGGAAAAUGAUUAAAGAGCAGAUGAGAAUACUUUGGUUAACCCACCCUUUCCUAGCCAACAUACAGAACAGCGGCAUAGCGCUCGACUGCGAGAGGCUUUAUUCUGUCAUUAAGAAAGAGCUGAACAGUGGUAUUGACAGAAAGAGCGUGAUGAGACUAAAAGUUGACCAGUUAGAGGCGACAAACGUGAACGAACUCACGGGAUACUUUGUCCGGCUUGCUGCCUACCGAAAGAUCGAUUGCAAAUGGAACGAAGCUGUCACGAAUCUGGUUAAAGGUAAAGUGGCACUGACACGACAUAGGGCCUUGAGUCAUAAAUAUCUAUAG